AUGUACUUAGGUCUGUUUAUAUUGUUUCAUAUUUUCGUUUCUACUGGUGCAAAACACUUCAAUGGAGGAACUAUAGGAUGGGCCCCAAUUGAUCCUUAUGAUAAUUCCACUUCAGUUGAUAUUACUAUUACACAAUCUUAUUCAUGGACAUAUCCAUAUACAAAAUGUGCCAACAAUGUACCGAUCUCGACUAGUGGAUUUGGUAGUGCCAACACUAAUCUAACUUGUGUAGUUGAUUGUUCGACUGAUGGUAAUUAUUCUAGUACACCAAUUGACAUUCUCACUAAUUGUACAUCAGCUAGUUCAUCAUUGAAAAUGAUGACAAGUGAACGAUCGAAAAAUAUUACUCUAUCUGCUGAUGCACAUUUUUAUCUAGCUUAUAGAGGAACUGCUUGGGUACCAUUAAAUGAUCCUGCUGAAAAAGGUCUUGACUGGUCUAUUGUAACGUACAUUGAUCUUCGAAAGAGACCAGAUGGUUUCAUCAAUACUCCAUCUGUUGCCAAAUUUGUUUCUCCACAAUAUGCCAUUGUAAAUAAAACAAUACAAAUAAAUAUACCUGUUUCGGAUGUGAAUACUGGAGAUGAUGUACGCUGUCGAUGCGAAGUUACUAGUCAUAGGGAAUUCAUUCAUAUUAGAAAUAAAAGAAGUUGCAGUGGCUAUGGCACCACUUCAUGUUUAUUUGGUUGUAGCUGCACUUUUCCUAGUUGUGUUUCCACAACAUGCACUGGAUCGACAUGUACUGACACGGGAGGUUGUAAUACAACAGUUACGACAACCACAACCGGCGGAACGACUACAACCGUUGCAGCAACUACAACGGGUGCGACCACCACAACCGCCGCAACAACAACGAAUGCUGCGACAACCAUAAUCAAUAUAACUACUACAGAAACUCCGGAAACACCGAAAUCAACUUCGUCGUUUCCAAUUCGUCAGGCAAUUGAUGAAUGUGCUGAUAUUUGUUACCCAAAUAGUGUACCCUCUGGUACAACUUUAUCCAACUGCACUAUCACAUUCACAGGUACUAAAGCUGGUGUCUGGUAUGCAGUUGCUAUUCAGGUUGAAGAUUUUAUCGAUACAUCAAGUACAACACCAAUGAGUUCAGUACCAGUUCAAUUUUUAAUUUAUGUUCAAUCACAAACAGCUUGUUCACUAGAACCCAUAAUUAUUCCUCUAGAUUGUUGUCUAGAAGUACAAGUUGGUGUCUCAAUCCGCUUUAAUCUAUCUGCACUGAAUUUAUGUAAUCAAAAUGUGGCUACACUUACUGAUAUCGUUGUUUCAAGUGGAAUUACUGGUAUGACUCAUAUUAAUCUUACACAUUCAUCAACAAAUUCAUCGAUCUACUAUAUGAAGUUCACUUGGACACCACAGGCAAAUCGAAUUGGAUCGCAGCAAUUAUGUACAGUAGCAUAUACAAGUGAAAACUUGCAAUCUGAUCAAUAUUGUGUUACAUUUACUGUAAAAAAUUCAUCUGAUACUUGUGUAACAACUACAACUACAACAACAUCAACAUCGACAACUACCACAUCCGAAACAACAACAACUUCUACUGCAACGACAUCUGAGGCAGCUACAACAACAUGGACCACUACAACCGUGUAA